CAAAAUCAGCCAAUCACGUUUGGAGCAAAAAACCUGGAGCAAACCGAGGUUUCAUCUUGGCCACUCUUCUCUAGGUUAAGGCUCUUAGGGUUAAGACUAUUCGGGUUAUUCCUAUAGUUUAGCUUAAGAAGCUCCGAAAUUUAUAUUGAAAUCGUGUGUUUACUCUUUUGAUUUAUUCUGUGUGAAUGAAGUAGAAACGUAUACUGAAACUUUGGGCCAGUGACCAUAUAUUUUUUUGUUUGUUUAGUUGAGACCUCUUGAUCCAUUAAGUGUCGAAAUUAUAAAUAAAAAUUUGACAAUUACGACUGUGAAUGUCUGCUGGGUGAAAUGAAAAGGUUCUGAAAGCUUCGAAACGACAAAUAAAACUAUAAUCUCACAAAUAUAUGCACACAAAUAAUUUGAAUUCAAGAUGGCUUUUAAUCAAAAAAAUCCACCAUGGCAGCGUAAUACGGGACAAAACGUUACCGGAAUGCAAGCACUAGUGAGCUUUCCGCAAGCCCAGCCAGUUUUCAACCAGAACAUUGGGCUCCAGCAGCAACAAAACCUGUCGUUGAUACCUCAAAUAGGUUUACAACAGCAACAAAUGUAUUCUCAAACGGUUCAAUAUCCAGCAUCACGAACAAUGAACUCUAUGGCUUUUCAAACGCAAACUCAGCCAUCUCAGGUCAGUCAGAAUUCUUCAAAAUUUAAUCCAAGCCAGCGAGUUUUUAGUGGCACUGGUCAUGUCACCAAAGUUCAGAACGAUUUUGGAUUCAUCGAUGAAGAAGUUUUCUUUCACAAAAAUGUUUGCAAAGGAUCGUUUCCUAAAAGCGGCGAUCGUGUAUUGGUCGAAGCGGCAUAUAAUCAAAAUAUGCCCUUCAAAUGGAAUGCUACAAGAGUUCAAAUUCUCCAGUCAACAUCAAGCUCGAUUGGAAAUACAUCCCGACAUCAUUCGAGUUAUAUUUCAAAUCAAACCUCCAAUGCAGAUCGCUCUGGACGGACUCGAUAUUCGCCGUCACGUAAAUCACCUGAUCGACAAGGUCAUCGGUCAUUAAACCAUGAAGUGCGUCAGCGCGAUAUUGAUAAUGAUGAUCGGCGCCGUCGUCGUGACGAUCGAGACGUUGAUCGCCACAGAGACAAACAACGUGAUCGCACACCUGAACGCAAAGAACGUGAAAGAAGUCCAGUUAGGAAACAAUCUCCGAAACGUAGAAAGGUUCGCCCUGCUCCACGUUACAUGGUACAAAUGCCAAAGCAACUUCUUACUCAGAGGAACGCUGAUAUUCUUGAAUUGCGUCGUCGAUAUCAUACACUUUAUAUACCUUCCGAUUUUUUUACAUCUCAAAUUCGUUGGGUUGAUGCAUUUCCUCCAAAUGAACCGUUUACCAUACGUAAUUCAUGUCUAUUCCAUGUAAUGCACAAGGAUGUAGAACCAUUGCAUAUAAGUGACAAAGCCAUAGAACCAGCGGAUGCGGAUUAUUUGUACAGCGCAAAGGUAAUGCUCAUGAGUACACCGCCUAUGGCUGAAUUUUAUCGCAAAUGUUUUGCUACUGGAGAAGAACUUGAGCGGUCGGAUGACGAUCGCGAAUUUGUACAUCCUACACGAUUAAUUAAUUUCCUCGUUGGUAUUCGUGGAAAAAACGAAACUAUGGCUAUUGGAGGCCCAUGGUCUCCUUCGUUAGACGGUGACAAUCCUCAAACCAACCCAAAUGUGCUUAUAAAAACUGCGAUUCGAACAUGCAAAGGACUUACUGGAAUAGACCUUUCAAAAUGUUCACGUUGGUACCGUUUUGUGGAGCUCUAUUAUCGCCGUUCAGAAACUUACCACAAGGGUCAUUUGAUUCCUUCACGUAUCGAAACUGUGGUUAUAUUUCUACCUGAUGUACGAUCCUGCUUACCAACGCAUCCGGAGUGGGAUGAGCUGCAUCUUAAUUACAAGUCACAUUUGGAACGUAUUAUUGAUAUUCAGUGUACCGAUAGUCCACAUGCGACUAAUUCUUCAUCGGCAGAAAUAGCUACAUCAGCAGUAUCACAAACUUUCCAUGGAACCGGCGAAAUACUUGCAUCUACUAAUCAUGACAAUCCAGAAGGUGCUUCUUUUGACAGUUCUACCGAAGCGGCUAAGUCCAGCGAAAUGGAUACCAACGAGUCAGUCGGAUUGAUAAAAGUGAACGAAAACACAACGGCUGCAGCUCCAGAUAACGAAAAGGAUAAAUCUUUUGUAGCGGAUGUUGAGACUCUAGGAAAAUCAAAAAAUAAUAUCACAUCAGCUGAUAUUAGAAAAAUGAAUGUUGCCGAUUUAAAGGCUGAGUUACAGACGAGAAAACUAUCGACAGAUGGUGUAAAAACUAGUCUAAUAGCUAGACUGAUCAAAGCACUGCGAGGAGAAAACAGAAAUGAGUCUGUCGGAGAAAGCAAUAACUCCUUAAAUGAGGUACACCAGAUUGAUUCUGAUGUAGAGGAGGAUGAGAAUAUGAUAAUAACACAAACAGAACAGAAAAAUGAUGAAGAGGAUUAUGAAACAAUGGAUAUCGUUGACAUGUCAGAAGUUACAGUAAUUGAUGAAUAUGACUCAACGAAAUCCGAAGAGAAAUCUAAUGAUGGAGUAAAAAAUCUUAAAUCAUUUAAGCUCAGCGAAAAGGAACGGCAAUUAUUGGAAAAGAGGUAUUCUCUCCCGAAUCAGCCCCACAUUAUUGUGCAUCCAUCUCGUAUAGCUAAAUCUGGUAAAUUCGAUUGUGCCGUCAUGUCUUUAUCAGUGCUGUUGGAUUAUCGCCCAGAAGAUUCAAAGGAACAUUCGUUUGAGGUGUCUAUAUUCGCUGAAUUAUUCAAUGAAAUGUUGACUCGUGAUUUUGGGUUCAAUAUCUACAAAGCAUUACAUGUAAUUCCGUUGAAGAAAAAUGAUGAUUCUAAAAAGGAACAUAUUUGUGAUGAGAAAAACAGCUCAGAAGAUAUUAUAAAUGGCAACGAAGAAAAAAAUAAUGAAAAGAGCACUGAUGGAGAGUUGAGACUUAAGAAUGAUAACGAAAAGGAGCGAAGCUUGGAGCAGGAGCGUGAUUUGCGAAAGCGAUCUCGUUUCGAUAGUACAAAUGACGAGGAUUGUCGUCGUAAAGAAAGAGCUAAGGAUAGGGUUAGCUACUAUACUGCUGAUCGGGAGUUGCUACUUUCGUUUGUAUACUUUGACAUUAGCCACUGUGGAUAUAUUUUUGACAAAGAUAUUGAAGAUCUUUUAUAUACACUUGGUUUAAAUCUUUCGCGCUCCCAGGUUCGAAGAAUAGCUGCGAAAGCCUUAACUAGAGAUAUGCUGUAUUACCGAAAGCUAACUGAUAAAGCUAAAGAACUCGUUGUUGAUGAGCAGGAUGGUGAAUCAUUCGUGAAUGAUGUUAAUGAAAAACAAGGUGACGAUAUGUGUGUUCCAAAACAAACUGAAAUUUCGGAAGCAGUCCUCCAAGAACUGGCGAUUGGUAAUAACAAUUUUCUAGAACAAAUGAAAGAAAACCUUACUGAACUGUUAAAGGCCAAUGACAAUCCUCUUCAGAAUGAUGGCGAAAUACCUCAAACUAGUGAUGGUCUAGUAAUGCACAACGGUUCUGUUUUCGAUAUUCCGAAAAUAUUAGAACAAAUAAGGCAUUCGGAAAAAACGCGCGAGGAUACCGAAGUUCUGCUCGUUGAUCUUCGUCGUGAAAAUACUGAUUUGCAGAAAAGCCACAACAGAGCUAAUGACAAGAUUAAAGAGCAAUCGGCAGACAUCAAAAGUUAUACCAGAAAACUUAUUGAUGCAGAGCAAAAUUUGAGGGAAAUCACGAAAAAAUCUCACGAAUACUUUUCCACCUUGUCAAGCGUCUAUGAUCGCGUAAGUGCAGUGAUACAUCGUACAGAAGCUAAGCGUUCAUCGUCAAUAACGUUAAAGCACGGAAGCUCAAAAGACUGUGGAAAUCGCAAGGAGAGAAAAUCUAAAGACGCGGAUAUUCCAGGAAGGCUAAAAAAAGAAGAAAUAUCAGUCACUUUCGAUGCAGAACUACCUGUUAUAACUGAUAUUUCAAUAGAUAGUGGUCUCAGUAGGGAAGUAGAUGUCCUCAAAGACAGUGUCACGAGUUGUGAUGAAAAAAAUCAUGAAACUGAGUGAUAGUGUACAAUAAUCAUUUCAUAACAUAAUAAUCCUUUGAAUUGUAUACUUUAUUAUUUGAAUAAUAUAUACAUAAGUAUAAUGAGGUCUGAAGUCCUAGUAUGUGUGCUACCAAUACAACAGUAGAUUUUAAUAGGCAUAAGACAUUAUUGAUUUUUUUUCGUGGAAAGUAAAAACUAACGAAAACUUAUUACAUUGUUUGAAUGUCCAGAUAGACUAAAAAUUUA